AUGAUACGGCUGCCGGAGUUGUGGUCUGCCCUAGCGAUUAACCUCAACUCUCAAAAGCCCCAGUGGAGCGUGGAUUACAUUCGCGCGCGCAUCCUUGAGGAGGACUUGCGGCGGCGGAGUGUGGAGCGCUCGGAGGAGGGGGCUGGCUAUGGAGUUGGAGGUGGAAGGAGUGGCUUCAAGAAGAAGUGGAAGGGCAAGAACAAGGACUACCCUAAGGAGGAUGGCGGCGGGGGUCAAGGGGAGGACUGGCAGCAGCAGCAGCAGGUGCAUAUUGGCUUGCGUCUGCAGGAGAUUGAGCGGUCUGCAGUGGAGGAGGUUCAGCUGCACCUUGAGGAUCUCCCUGGGUCAGAGCUAACCAGUGACCACAGUGGCAGUGGAGAGCAGCAAGUUUCUGGUCCUGCUGCAGAGGAGGGGUUGGAGGAUGAGUCGGCACGUGUGGACUCACCAUCUCAGCCCGAGCCUGCUGCAACCGCCAAGGUCACCAAGAGGAGUGUGCAGAGAGGAGCUUCACCACAUGGGCAGCAGAUUGCAACCCACGAGAAGGAGUGGCAGCAGCACCCUCAAGGCUGA